AUGAAUUACCCAAGUGACUCAACCUACAAUCCAACACCUCUGAAUAAUGACAACUACUUGACUAGAAGUAGCUAUCACAAUUACAUGGAUAGAUUAGCUACAAGGUCGAACAAUCAAAGUGCUUUAAAUCUAAAAUUAACUCAAUGUGAAGAUGGUCCUCAUUGUGAAAAAUUUAGAUGUCCAUAUCGUCAUGCGUAUACUUAUAAAUUGUGUAUUGAUUCCGAUUGUAAAAAUUAUAAAUGCAAAUAUAUGCACCUGGUUCCUACUUAUUGCAAAUAUGGUUAUUCUUGUGGUAAAAAGUGA